AUGUCCCGAAAUAAAGAAAAAGCCCAAUCGGCACUCAACAGAUAUCAGGCUCAAGUCAGCAAAGAAGCUGGAGUGCUCGAAUCUGAUCCUAGCCAACGUCCCAAAUACGUCCAGUCAGUGGAAUCACUACCGCAGGCAGAGAAAUGGCGUCAGACCAUUGUCACGGAGAUAUCCGUCAAACUCACCAAAAUCAACGAUCCAACAUGUCCUACUUCUGAGAUCCGAGAACUCAAUGAUUCACUCAAUAAACUCCAUAGAGAAAAGAGAGCAUGGGAGUAUCAUAUCAAGAAUCUUGGAGGUAACGACUACAUCAGCUACGGAAGUCAGGUGCAAGGUAUAAACGUCAAGGGAACAAGGUAUUAUGGACGAGCACGAGAACUCGAAGAGGUGAAGAUGAGUAAAGGAAGAGAAGAAGGCAAGAACGAGAGAGUUGAAACAAAGAAAUGGAAUCCAGCUUUGGAAUAUUAUGGAAUAUACGAUGACCUCGACGAUGCUGAAGGUGAUGGCCCAUAUGGCUCCGCUAGCUGGAAUGUCCCUAUUGACCAUGAUAAGAUUAACGUCAUGGCAGAAAUUAACACUGCACUUGGAGAAAAGAUUCUUCCAGCACCGUUUGUGGUAAGAAAAGAUAACAAAGAAAAGCUACCGACUAGUGCAGAUGUGGAGAAGUGGUUGGUGGAGAAGAAGAGAGCAGAACUACUUGCACAACUUGAGCUUUAA